AUGGUCACGGCGGGGAAACGCUUCGGGUUUCAGUUAAUGAAGUCGGUAGAGACAGAAGACCGGGCGUCGGACGUGUCCGUACGACGAAUCAACAUGUCGGUGUGCUAUCUCUAUUGUCAGGCAGCUCCUGACAAAGUGGACGUAUUUAUUCGAGGCAUCGUCGAGUUGCCGUGGGAUACCAAACCUCGGCGGCGCCAAGAGACGAUCAAUGCUGCUGGAGACUAUAUCCUCUCCACCAUCCGUGGACGGGAGUGUUGUCGUAUGAAAACGAUAGCCGCGCUGAAUAAAAGGUCCAAGACAGAGCGUCAAAUUCUCAAGUACGUUGACGCUUGUCAUUGCUCGAAAGUCGUUCGAGGGCUGGAAAAAGUCGUACGUCCAGAGUGA